AUGCACUCACUUGCACAGGUGAAACAUGAUUAUGAAAAUCGAAUUAAAAAUUUGGAAAGAGCACUUAAUGCGGAACAGAGCAGAAGACGACAGUAUGGGUUUUUCAAUAAGCAACUAAAUGCACAAAUUAGGAAACUACAGACACAAAAUGCUGGUUUUCAAAAAGAGUUGAGUGCAAUAAAAAAAUGCUCCUCCUGUGAAUGUCUUGACAGUCGUCGAAAACAGUUUGCUGGAGGUGAAGGCUUACAACCUGUUACCUCUGCUCCACGGUCUACGCUGCAUGCGUCUACAAACACACUCACUCCUAUAGAUCCUGAGCAGGUUGCAGAACGUGAAAGUGCAUGUGACUAUCGCUAUCUGCAAGACACCAAAGAAAGUCUCAAGAAGUGCGUGGAGACACUAAAUACGAAAUUGCAAGUAAUGGUUCGAGAAAAAGCAAGGGAUAAUGCCGAAUGGCGAGAGAAAUUGAGAGUAAGGGACGAGAAGAUUAAUCGGCUUCACGUUGAGCUUGAAACAUUGAGACGUGGAUCUUCAACAGCUAGUUCACAGGAAAAGCGGCAACUUCAAGAACAAAUUAAAGCAUUGAGUGAACGACUGAAGUGUUCGAGCGAACCCUGCGAUUCUCGACGCCUGAGUGAUUCUGUUCGUCAGUCCAGUCCACAUUCACGAUGCGAAUCUUGCAAACGCCGCUAUAGUAGCUGGGAUAACCUGUAUAUUUUGUGCAUUUCAGUUUACGUGUAUGCUAAGUUGAACGAGAGGAAUCGUCAGAAUUCUUUAUCAGUUUUGCCGUCUUUUAAGUCAUCUCACGAAAGUGUUGAACACUUGCAGCAACAAGUGCAGUUAUUAAAAAGCAGAAUAAAGGAGCAAGCAGAGGAAUUUGAAGCUGAACGCGUGAGAUUGACUGCAAGUGAAGAAUUUUCAAGAAACGAGAAAGAGAAAAAAGCUAGUGAGUGCGAAAAAUUACGUUGUCGUUGUGAAAAACUAGAGCUGGAGUUGGUCAGAAGGAAACGUAGCGAAAGCUCUCAAAGCUCCACUGGUCGGUCAAAAGUUCUUGAAGAUUUUACGAGCGAGCAGUCUGCAAAGGAUACUGUGCAACAUUUACAGAAUGAGCUGUGGAAAGCUCAUCAAAGAAUUGAACAACUAGAGUCAUCUGAUAAGGGGAGGUCCGGCAACAGUGAUUUGGCAGUAUUGCGAAAAGAAAUUGAUGAUCUUCAUCUGGACAAACGUGACUGUGAACGCCGAUUAUCUAGUCAGAAUGCGUUGUUAAAGCAACUCGAGGAUGACAUCCAUUCUCUUUUGAAUGAAAAGACCAAAUUUGUAAGACAGUGUGAAGAGCUUGAGAGGGCUAUUGGGCAAAAGGAAAAGGAAAAUGAGGGAUUGUCUGCAUCUCUCCAGAAACUUCGCGAGACUGUGGCAGAGAAAGAAGAAACAAGUGCAGAAACUUUGAAGAUUCAUUUGGCGCAGAUCGAAACGUACCAAGAGCUUUUGAAGCAGAAAGAUGCCGAAAGAGCAGUUUUGAUAGAGCAAAUAUGUGGUGACACUCCAUCUAAUCUUAAUUCCCCUAUCGUGGAACAUCCACGUCGUACCGAAGCUGAUCAGGUAUUGUUCGAGUCCAGUAACAGAGGUUUUGAAGACGUAAAAAGAAAUUAUUUCACCCUAGUCAAUGAGAAAAGGACGUUGCAACAAGAAGUCGAUUCGUUGACUGAAAAACUGAAGGCAGUGGAAGCCACAUUUGAGAAGAAAAACACAGAGUUAUUAAAUGAAACAGAGGACAAGAAAAGAAUUGCUGAGGAAUUGGCUGCUGCGAAAGCAACGAUUGGUGAAACGCAGAAGAAACUAGAUGAAUCAGAAAAGGCAGUGCUGAAUUUACAGAAUAGAGUUAUUAAGUUUGAAUAUGAUUGUAAACAUUUGAAAGAACAGUUGGAUGGUGAGAAAUUAUCUUCGACGACGUUGAAAACAGCUCUUAGUCAGCUAGAGGAAAUGAUAGUCAAUAAGAAUGCGCAAUUAACUAGGUUGGAUUACGAACUUCAGCGUGCUAAUGACGAUGUUCAUCGUGUGAGAAUCAAAAACUUUGAUCUGGAAACUGAGCUAGCAGUUAAUGGUCAAGAACUGAAAAAUACAAGAGCUAAACUUGAAAGGCUAAAGUGCAAAGUUAAACAGUUGGAACGCGAAGCUAGGGAGUCACCUUUAAAAGCCAUGUCUUUACCAUCCCCAACUGUGAAAACUGCUUCGUUUUCGACCGUGCUGCUCAGUUCACCUACAGAUGCCAGUUGA